CAAAAAGAAAUCCAAGAGGAGAAGAAAAAGAAACGAGGAGAGACGACUCGUACAGCAUACGAGCCUUCGCAAAGAUGGAAGUAGAGAACAUCACAUCUCAGGAAUGUCCGAGCCGUUCGCAGGUGGAUGUAGAGAAGGACGAUGCUUCUCAGGAAUCUGUCCCGAAGCCUAAGCUCAUAUACCGUUGUAAGAACUGCAGAAGGAUAGUUGCUGCAGAGGAAAACAUAGUUGCCCAUGAACCGGGAAAGGGUGAGGAAUGCUUUAAAUGGAAAAAGAGAAGUGGAGACUCUGAACAAGUGAAUUGCUCCUCCGUAUUUGUCGAGCCCAUGAAAUGGAUGCAAACAGUUCAAGAUGGAAAUGUGGAAGAGAAACUUCACUGCAUGGGGUGUAACGCCCGGUUAGGUUACUUCAACUGGGCGGGGAUGCAAUGCAGCUGCGGAGCUUGGGUUAACCCGGCAUUCCAACUUCACAAAAGCCGGUUAGACGAGUGUAACAUGUGAGAGCCGCAACACUGUUUGAAUGCUGAAGAUUCAUCACAGAGGGGAUGGAAAUCUCGGCGAUCUCACUGCUGAGCGGACGUGGAUAUGCUCGUUGGAAGUUGAAGAUAAAGUUUUGAUCUUUGGUUGGUGUUCAUAGUUCAGUUGCUUAUUGAUCUUUCCAGUGUGUGUUUUUUCUGUCUUAAAAGACCGAAUGUGUUAUGCCCAUGUUGUACACCAUAGUAAGACUCCCUAUAUAUGUAGAAGACCAAGUAGUGGUUGAGGAAAUUGUAAGGAUGGGAAUUUUGGUUCGGUCCAUUUCAUCCAAAAGUAACCUGAUGGAAUCCAAUAUAAAAGAAAAUUAUAGAGA